AUGCCGGAAGUAUUCGUGAAAAAAAUUCACGCAGUUGCCAAGUGGAAAUGGAUUGGAUCAUCCAUAGACAGUGUGUGUGCAAUUUGUAAUAACGCCUUAGAGAAUACAUGUACGAACUGCAUUAGUCCAGGAAAUAGUUGCCCUCCCGCUUUUGGAAAAUGCGGUCAUCAUUUUCACUUACACUGCAUGGAAAAGUGGAUACACGAAAACAAAUUUACGUGCCCUUGUUGUAGAGCAGACUGGUUUUACGAAACUCAAGAAUUAGGAUGA